AUGUACACUGAAACUCGCUCGUCUCGUAUUCGUGCUGCUAUGUUCCCAGAAAGUGAAGCCGGUCCAUCCAGUGGAAUUCCUCAUCGCGCCACGAUAAUUGAGCAGAUGUCAGUACCCGCUCGUAUCCUGAAAACGGCGGUGCUCGAUCUGCUUUCUUUCGAAGGCACAUCUGAUAUCAACACACUUCCAAUUCCUGAUCUCAUUGAUCUGAUGUCCGACCGUGAUGAGGCAGUGUUGGCUCGUGCUGUGCAACGUGUCUACCUCUUAUCUAAGGAGGACCGCAGCAUCGCUUCUUAUCCUACUUUGAUCGAUGCUUUGAUCAAGGCCAGCAAGAGUGACAAUGUAAAUGUAAAGCGCGAUGCAGUUGGAGCGCUGAGCCAUAUCUCUGAGCAUCCGCAAGGAAGAAUGCAGAUUUUCCGAUCUGGUGGAUUGGCUGAGUUGAUUAGGAUGCUCUACUGUCCUGUCGAGACUGUUGUGCAGUAUGCUGUCACCACGCUUCGCAAUCUUCUGAUGCAUGUGGAUACCGUCAAAGCACAGGCACGUGCCCUAGGGGCAAUAGAAGCACUUGCGCCACUGCUUCUUAGAAAUAAUUGGAAAUUUUUGGCAUUGGUUGCUGACAGUCUGUACUUUCUCCUACUUGACGAUCCGCAGUCAAAAAUCGUAUUCCUGUCUCUGGGUGGGCCGCAAACGUUAGUUCACAUCCUUAAUAACUACUCACAAUAUCCGAAGUUAAUGUAUACCGUGAUUCGAUGUGUGAGAUCGUUAUCGGUAUGUCAACAGAACAAAGCGGCGCUAAUUAGCCUAGGAUGUCUCCCUGCGUUAUACAAGGAAAUGUGUGCAACAACAGAUGACCGUGUUCUUCUCGCGAUUCUUGUUGCGAUGAGAAAUCUUUCAGACGCAGCCACCAAUGAAGACAAUUUGGCCCCACUGGUGAUCCGCUUACUUGAAAUAGUUCGUGUCGCAGAUGCAGCCCAAACUUCCUGUGCUUGUGGAAUACUGAGUAACUUAACAUGUAAUAACGUUCGAAAUAAGCAGACGUUGUGCUCAAAUCACGGUGUGGAAUCAUUAGUGGAAGCUAUUAAUCGUUUUCCCGAUGUUGAAGAAGCUACCGAACCUGCGCUGUGUGCUCUGCGGCAUUGCACUGCAAGACAUUCAUUUGCUGAACAGGCACAGCAAGAUCUUCGCCUUUGUAGAAGUUUCCCAAUGCUUCUCCAACUUUUGGCUACCCUACGUGCUCCGGUAAUCAAGGCAGCCCUUGGAGUGAUACGCAACUCUGCUCUCCUCCGUGCGAACCUCAUGGAACUCACUCAGGUGACCGAAAGGGGUGAAACUGUCGUCUCAUUGACUGUGGAUAUUCUCGGGCGUGCUGCAGCGACGAUCCGUGAAGAUCCAGCUGCAGAGAGUGAUGGUGUCCCAAUAUGGGGUGUUGUUGAAGGGGCCGUAUCUGCUCUACAUCAACUGGCAUCGCACCCAGCCGUGGCAGCUCAGCUUUGUGAAGAUCCCGCCUUUUUGACCCUUAUAGUCGAGUUUCUCUCAAGAAGCGAUGUUUCUGGUGCUGAAGAUGAAUUGCUUGAACGCGAAUUGCUUGGUCUACUCUAUCAGCUUAGCAAAACCCCGGAAGGAGCGCGUACUGUCGAAGAAGCUGGUGUCACCCCUAUAUUGGUCGAGGCCAUGCGUUCAGAGCACAAAUCUGUUGCUACAUACGCUUCUGGCGUUCUGAAGAAUUUGGAGAAUGACAAGCCAGUGCCAUAUAGACAGGAUUUGGACGCUGAAUUGUCAUCCGGAUGGCAGCGGGAUGGACUUGAACCGGAGUUAUUCGGGGAAAUGUAUCCCGUGCAUGGCAUGGAACGUAUGGAUCAUUUUCCCACUCCUCCUAAUAACAGCAGCUGGUUUGAUACAGAUCUUUGA